AUGGCAGCUAAACGGUUUUUUGAUGAUUCCGACAAUGAUCCCGUCCUCCCGGCCAACCUCCAGCAAAAACGCGUCAAAACAUCCAAACUGUCCUUUGCUUCUGUGAUCAAAGAAGUACUUACGCUGAAUUUCAUGGAGAACUUAAGUUCAACCUUGGAGCCAAUGAUUCGUAGAGUGGUGCAUGAAGAGGUGGAGGAUGCAAUAAGGCGCAACCAACGAUCUCUAACACGAACUCCUUCGUUGCGAAUUCAAGGCGCCAUUGAUGAACCACCAAGCUUCCAACUUGUUUUCUCUCAAAAACUCGCACUCCCUAUAUUCACCGGAACAAAGAUUCUGGAUUCCGACAACCGGCAUCUUCAAAUCCUCCUUAUUGACCCGACCACUUCUUGCCGAACCUCUCUUCCUUACCCUAUCAAAAUCGAAAUCGUUGUCUUGGACGGAGAUUUCCCUCCGGGAGGAGACCUUGACCGUUGGAAUAUCCGGGAAUUCGACGAGAAUGUUUUGAGGGAAAGGGCUGGAAAGAGGCCGUUGUUGGCCGGUGAGUUGUGCGUUACCAUGAGGGAUGGAUUGUGUACAUUUGGGGAGCUUGAAUUUACGGAUAACUCGUCGUGGAUUCGGAGCCGGAAGUUCCGGCUAGGGGCUAGGGUGGUUCACGGCAGUAGUAGUGGCGGCGGCGGUGGUGGUGAUUCUCAAGUUCGGAUUCGUCCGGCUAUGACUGAAGAAGCCUUUAUUGUCAAAGAUCACCGGGGAGAAUUAUACAAAAAGCAUUAUCCCCCGGCACUUCACGAUGAAGUGUGGCGCCUAGAGAAAAUAGGGAAAGGUGGAGCUUUCCACCGAAAACUCUCGGCACAAGGCAUCCGUACCGUCCAGGAUUUCUUGAAGCUCAGCGUUGUUGACCCUCUUAAACUCAAAAAGAUUCUGGGAAUUAAUAUGUCGGAGAAAAUGUGGGAAGUUACGCUAAAACAUGCGUGGACUUGUGAGAAGGGGACCAAGAUGUACAUAUCUCGGGGACCCAACUUCGAAAUCUUUCUUAAUCCUGUUUGUCAAGUCAUUAAGGCGGUGAUCAAUGGGCAAGUUUAUGCCACCCGUGACCUAAAUAUGGUGCUUAAGACAUUUAUUCAGAGGUUAGUUAAGGAUGCCUAUGCAAAUUGGUCAACUCUGGAUGAGGUGGAUGGCCAUGUAAAUGAGACUGCAUUGCUCUCCAUGGGUGAUCAAUUUGUGGGUCAACCAUACCCUAUUCGACAUGGGGCACUCUUAACUGAUGGGUCAAAUUCAGUUAAUCCAAAUCAAACCAAUGGUCAUAGUAAUUGUCAACAAGUGGAGUACAACAAUGACGAAUGGGAUAUUAACUGUAGUUAUCUUUGCAACACCCCCAUUGAACCCACCGGUCGUUACUUCCCUGAAGCUUCUCCCGAGGAUGACUUGCCUUAA